CACGUCCUGUUUUCGUUGGCUGCUCUCGGAUGGCUGCCACCGUUGGGGCUGCUGCUCUCUCUUAGUGCUGCUCCUCGCUCGGCUAGCUGAGGGCGGCGCGGCCUCUUCUUUUGUCCGGUUACCCUGCGCAUUGUCCCGAAGGGUGCCGCUUUUCCCGCGGCCGGCAGCAUGGGCCGGGAGUCACGCCAUUAUCGGAAGCGGUCAGCAUCAAGGGGGCGCUCUGGAAGUCGAUCUAGAAGUCGCUCACCUGACAAAAGAAGUAAACGUGGAGAUGACAGGCGGUCUAGAAGCCGAGAUAGAGAUAGAAGGAGAGAGAGGUCUCGUAGCAGGGAUAAAAGAAGAUCUCGGUCAAGAGACCGGAAGCGCCUGAGGCGUUCCAGAAGUAGAGAGAGAGAUCGAAGUCGAGAGCGAAGAAGAUCUCGAAGUCGAGACAGGAGACGCUCCAGGAGUAGAAGCCGAGGCCGGCGAUCCAGAUCCUCAAGUCCUGGCAAUAAAAGCAAGAAAGCUGAGAAUAGGUCUAGGUCCAAAGAGAAAACAGAUAGUGGGGAAAGUUCUAAAGAGAAGAAAAAAGACAAAGAUGACAAGGAAGAUGAAAAAGAAAAAGAUGCUGGUAACUUUGAUCAGAAUAAGCUGGAAGAAGAAAUGAGGAAGCGAAAAGAACGAGUAGAAAAAUGGCGAGAGGAGCAACGUAAAAAGGCCAUGGAAAACAUAGGGGAACUAAAAAAGGAAAUUGAAGAGAUGAAACAAGGGAAAAAAUGGAGUUUAGAAGAUGAUGAUGAUGAUGAAGAUGAUCCUGCAGAAGCUGAAAAGGAAGGAAAUGAAAUGGAGGGUGAGGAGUUAGAUCCAUUAGAUGCUUAUAUGGAAGAAGUGAAAGAGGAAGUAAAAAAGUUUAAUAUGCGAAGUGUGAAGGGUGGUGGAGGGAAUGAAAAGAAGUCUGGGCCAACAGUCACAAAAGUUGUCACUGUAGUGACAACCAAAAAAGCAGUGGUAGAUUCUGAUAAGAAGAAAGGUGAGCUAAUGGAGAAUGACCAGGAUGCCAUGGAGUAUUCUUCAGAGGAGGAAGAAGUUGAUCUUCAGACGGCCCUUACAGGCUACCAGACAAAACAGAGAAAGCUUCUAGAACCAGUGGAUCAUGGAAAAAUUGAAUAUGAACCAUUCAGAAAAAACUUUUAUGUUGAAGUUCCAGAAUUAGCAAAAAUGUCUCAAGAGGAGGUAAAUGUUUUUCGGUUGGAAAUGGAAGGCAUUACUGUCAAGGGAAAAGGUUGCCCCAAACCAAUUAAAUCUUGGGUCCAGUGUGGAAUUUCUAUGAAGAUCCUAAAUUCUCUCAAAAAGCAUGGCUAUGAAAAACCCACGCCAAUCCAGACCCAGGCGAUUCCUGCUAUAAUGUCUGGACGAGAUUUGAUUGGUAUUGCCAAGACAGGAAGCGGAAAGACCAUUGCUUUUCUGUUGCCCAUGUUUAGACACAUCAUGGAUCAGAGGUCAUUAGAAGAAGGAGAGGGGCCAAUAGCUGUCAUCAUGACUCCAACUCGAGAACUGGCUUUACAAAUUACUAAAGAAUGUAAGAAGUUUUCAAAGACCCUGGGACUUAGAGUGGUCUGUGUUUAUGGAGGAACAGGAAUCAGUGAGCAGAUUGCUGAGCUGAAAAGAGGUGCUGAAAUUAUUGUUUGCACACCUGGUCGAAUGAUUGACAUGUUAGCAGCUAACAGUGGUCGGGUCACAAAUCUUCGAAGAGUAACAUAUGUUGUUUUAGACGAAGCAGACAGAAUGUUUGACAUGGGUUUUGAACCACAGGUCAUGCGCAUUGUGGAUAAUGUCCGUCCCGAUCGACAGACAGUUAUGUUUUCAGCUACUUUCCCCAGAGCUAUGGAGGCUUUGGCUCGCAGAAUCCUCAGUAAACCCAUUGAAGUGCAGGUUGGAGGCAGAAGCGUGGUUUGCUCAGAUGUGGAACAACAAGUGAUUGUGAUUGAAGAAGAAAAGAAGUUCUUGAAGUUACUUGAGCUUCUUGGCCAUUAUCAAGAAUCGGGAUCUGUCAUUAUAUUUGUGGAUAAGCAGGAACAUGCAGAUGGUCUUCUGAAAGAUUUAAUGAGAGCAUCUUAUCCUUGCAUGUCUCUUCAUGGAGGCAUUGAUCAAUAUGACAGAGAUAGCAUCAUAAAUGACUUCAAGAAUGGGACCUGCAAACUUCUCGUAGCCACUUCUGUUGCUGCCCGAGGUUUAGAUGUGAAACAUCUGAUUCUUGUAGUAAAUUACAGCUGCCCCAACCAUUAUGAGGAUUAUGUGCACAGAGCGGGAAGGACUGGAAGAGCAGGCAAUAAAGGUUAUGCGUAUACUUUUAUCACAGAAGAUCAAGCUCGCUAUGCUGGUGACAUAAUUAAAGCUCUUGAAUUGUCAGGAACUGCGGUGCCUUCUGAUCUGGAGAAACUUUGGAGUGAUUUCAAAGAUCAGCAGAAAGCUGAAGGGAAAAUAAUUAAAAAGAGUAGUGGGUUCUCUGGUAAGGGAUUCAAGUUUGAUGAAACAGAACAAGCUUUGGCCAAUGAGAGGAAGAAGUUGCAAAAAGCAGCUCUCGGUUUGCAAGAUUCAGAUGAUGAGGACGCUGCAGUCGAUAUUGAUGAACAAAUUGAAAGUAUGUUUAAUUCAAAGAAGAGAGUAAAAGAUAUGGCUGCUCCUGGAACAUCUAGUGUUCCUGCUCCAACUGCGGGAAAUGCUGAGAAAUUAGAAAUAGCUAAGAGACUGGCUCUUAGAAUCAAUGCUCAGAAGAAUUUGGGCAUUGAGUCUCAGGAUGUGAUGCAACAGGCCACCAAUGCAAUUCUCAGAGGCGGCACCAUCCUGGCUCCCACUGUGUCUGCAAAAACCAUUGCAGAGCAACUUGCUGAAAAGAUCAAUGCUAAGCUCAAUUAUGUGCCUUUGGAGAAACAAGAAGAGGAGAGGCAAGAUGGUGGACAGAAUGAAUCUUUUAAAAGAUAUGAAGAAGAAUUAGAGAUCAAUGACUUCCCACAGACUGCUAGGUGGAAAGUUACCUCUAAGGAAGCUCUGCAGAGAAUCAGUGAAUAUUCUGAAGCUGCAAUUACAAUCAGAGGAACAUAUUUCCCACCUGGCAAAGAACCUAAGGAAGGAGAGCGGAAAAUUUACUUGGCAAUUGAAAGUGCCAAUGAACUGGCUGUGCAGAAAGCAAAGGCAGAAAUCACCAGACUUAUAAAAGAAGAACUGAUCCGGCUGCAAAAUUCAUACCAACCAACAAAUAAAGGAAGAUACAAAGUCUUAUAAAAUAUUUCGAAAAAACUUUUUACCUGUGCUGGUCUGUGAUACAUGUGGCAGUUGUCUGCAGUUUACAAUGUAUUGUAAAUUAAGAUUUUUAAAAUUCUGUCUUGCUGAUUUUUUUAAAUACAUGAAACCAGUAUUUGCUAAAGAAAUCUUCUUUCAGUAAGUACCACCAGAAUUAUCAAACUAUAUUUAAAGCAGGCCUGUUAUCAGAGUAUGAUGCCCUUUAAUGUAAAGUUUAAAUACCAAUAUUUUAAAAGUCUGGAUAAAAUUCCAGAAGUUUAAAAAAAUGGAAAUAUUUGGACUUUCUGUCACCGGUAAUAAAGUACACAAGUCACUAGGGGCCUACUCACCAUAUCCUUUUGAAAUGAAAUUGUGAUCUCCUCAGAAAAGGUAAAAUUCUCUAAUAUUUUGUCCCCCCCCCCCCUCCCCGAGCUUAAAUCUUACUUGAUUCAUUGGAACAGUAUGAACUGGAUUUAAGAAUGUUAUAAUAGAAUUUUUACAAAAUGUUUCAGAGUUUUUGUUUCCGUUUUUAUCAUCAUAAAUGCAAUAGUUGGACUGCUUUUCAGUUUUGUAAAAUUAAAGAUUUGUAGUAUAAGAGUUUUUUGCAUUUCUUUACACUGCAAAAGUUUUAGUAUUUAUCACUUUUAAGUUCUCCUCACAGCUUCUAGUUCUAUGACUAGCUACUAACUCUUUUUUAAUCUUCCUUAAAAGAAAGUGAUUUGUAGCCUAUAAAUAUUGUUUCCUUUUCCCCCCGAAAGUGUUUGUUUAUACAUUUGUACAUAUAAACAUGCUACUAAUUUUAAUCCACAUUUUCUUCAAGGUUGUUGAAAAGGUUGUGAAUUUUCUUCCUUAAAAAUUUUCAAGCAUGAUGGUACCUGUGUUAUAGACUUAGAUUUAAGCAUCUCUCAGUGAAAAAUAGUUCACAAGAAGUCAUAAAUUAUAUUUUUGACCCCCCAUAUAUUUCCUGAACAUUCUAAUUUAAAUUGUUAUAAUUGGAUCACACAAUAUUCUUUUCAAGACUCCUGGUAUAUUAGAACUUUGUAUUGUUGUCACUUCUUGAAAAAAAAAAAAAUUCCAGGAAUUAAAUAGAUAGCUAUAUUUCUUAAACGAAGAGACAGCGAAGUUUCUGAAUAUUCUUAGAGUUUUUAAAAAAGAAAAAAAAAUCAAAGCAUACUAAAACAAAUCAUUUUUAAUAGUAUGUUAACUGGUUAAAAUGAGAAGAAGUAUCAAUCAUUAUUUCUUCAAUAUAAAGUUUUUUCUUACUGAAAAAUUAACAUAGAUAUAACUGGGAAAUAUUCUUGGGUCCCUUGCAUAUCUACCUUUCUUUCUUAGAAGAAAAAAACAGACAAAACACAUGUAACAAGAGAAUCAAAUAAACCAUUUACUCUAAAAUGCAGGCAUCUUGGGCUCCUUUUUUCCCCUCAGUUUAUUUAUUUGCUUAUUUUGAUUACCUAGUGAUAGUGUGUUUCUUUUGAUAGAAUAUGUGGCAUUCUCACAUUGGUGACAAUUGGUGCUCCCUUCAGGCUGCUGGAUCACUUUGAGAUUCAGAGUUUUACAUUGUUGUAGCAUUACUACCUUUAUGUUUGUAUAUCUAGUUGUAACAAACCACUGAUAGUAUAUUGUCCUGAAGUGAAACCCAUUUCUCUGUUAUUACAGUUUUAGUGUCACACUGACUCUUUGAUUUUUAAAAUUUGAAUGAUGUAUGGACUAAUUUGUUUUUUUAACUGCAAAAUCAAUAUUUGCUCAUGUUUUCUAAAUUCCUUAUAAAAUAAAGUUAAUUCAACUUGCACUUCCCUAAAAUUA